AUGAAUAGUACACAUAUUUCUCACUAAUUAUGCUCAUUGAUCUUCAAGAACACAGCCUCCAAGACUACAAUCUAAGACCUCUAUCUGAAUCAAAUUUUAGUUAACAAUGUUAGUAUUUGGUUUUAUCUAAUUGGAUGCUCAAUCUCUCUAAUUUUGGAUACCUUUUUAUUUGUAGUCUUUUUAUAUAAAAAUCAAUUGAGACAAAGUCCAGGAGACAUUUUUUUGGGUAGUUUCGUAUUUGAAAUCAUAAUGGCAAUACAGUGGUAUAUAAUUGCAGUUUCCUCUUAUGAAGAUAAACCCUUGGCUAAUAACUCCUUGGAAUGUUAAUUUACAGCCGCAUUAACAUUGAUAUCACACCUAGGAUAGUACUUUUAUAUAUUGGCUUUUUUCUAUUUUCUUACAAGAUAAGUGAAAACAAGUUUCAAGGCAAAAAAUAACAUCCAAUGGUUAAUCCACUUGGGAGUCAUCAUACUGACAUUAAUAACAUGUGUGAUUGUGUUUUCUUUGAAUUUGACAGGCAAAAACGUUGAUGGGAAAUGCUCUAUAGUUACAUCUCUCUUAGCGGAUUAUGUCAUUACCUUAGGAUAUACAUUGACAAUUUUAAUCUACAUUUCAAUUGGCGGAUAUUCGAUCUACUAUAUCAAGAAGAAUAUCCCAAAUUAAUAUAAGGAGAGAGCACAAAAAUUCCUGAAAUUCAGUAUUAUCUACUUCCUGACCUACCUCAUUCUGAUAUUCGCAGCAUAAUUGGUUGAAUUAUUAGCUAGUUUGAGUUGUACUUAUCAAUGGAACAUGAACUUGAAUGCCAUGUACGACACAGCAGCAUUUUUUGAUAUCAUGAUAUUAAUACUUUUACCUAUUAUUAGAGUAAAUGAUCCUUAUACUAAAAGAAUAUUGCUCAAGAUGUUUGGGUAUGGACAGAAACAAAAAUAAAUAAUUGAAGAGAAUGAACUUGAAUUGUCGAAACACAAUAGCAGUGUUGAUUAGGAUCUGAGUAUUUUGACUAGUGGUAUUUCGUAGAUUCGAUAAUCUGAAUUAAUUAUCAAUAGAGAGAAAUCUCAAACAGACGAUAAUCCUUUUGUUAGUGUUCUGCAAAAUAAAAAGAGAGGAUAAAUUAUGUGCAAAAUGAUAGCAGGACUUCAAAUUGAUUAGUAUUCUAAAUACAAUUCAUUGGAGGUUGAGAUCAUCAAUCAAAAAUCUGAUAACAUCUACGAGGAAAGAAAGAUUUACAAAUUCAAUAAUGAUUAAAUCAUUACUACCAUGCCUUAUAAUUUGUGUUAAGAUUUUGUGUCUUUGGUAGAAGACUUCCCACAAAUCAAAGUAGUUUCCUACACUCCAAUUAUAUUUCAUGCUAUUAUGAAUAGAGAGAAGGAGAAAUUGAACAUCUACGAGUCUCUUGAUAUCAACAAUAAUUUUGAGAAGAUUACGAAUGCCAGUAAGAAUGAAGGUGGAAAGUCAGGCUAGUUUUUCUUCUAUUCCCAAGACAACCAAUUGAUUAUCAAGACUGUCACUCAACAAGAAUUGAAAAUCAUCCUAACUAUGCUGAAAAAUUACUUUUAGUAUAUAUUAUCCAAUCCAAAUACUUUGAUCGCUAAAAUCUAUGGUGUCUACACAUUUGAAUAGGAAAACCAAAAGAAUAUCAACAUUAUUGUUAUGAGAAAUAUUGCUCAGACUUCAAACACAUUUAGAAUCUACGAUCUAAAAGGUUCUAGUUAUGACAGGGAAGUUGCUAAAAAAGAUACGAAUCUAUAAAAAGUUGUACUCAAAGACUUGGAUUUCUUGAAUAUUGAAAAAUAUUUAUAUAUCUCCUAAGAAGAUGCCAGCUUAAUUGCAGAAAAUGCUAUAAAAGAUUCGAAUUUCUUUAAGUCUCAAGGAUUGAUUGAUUAUUCCUUAAUUGUUUUCAAGAUUCUAAAUGAGCAAAAUCCAGAUCUUAUUCCCAAGAAGAAGGCCAAUAUAUUUAUGUGUGAUGAUGUUAGGUAUAGAUAUCACAUUGGAAUCAUCGAUUAUUUAUAGGAGUAUAAUGUGCAGAAGCAAUUUGAGAAGUAUACCAAAAAGAUUAUUAAACUCAAUUAGAAUUUGGAUACUAGUUCACAAGACCCUAAAAUAUACGCCAAUAGAUUCUAAUAGUUCAUAAGAAGAAUUACCAAAAUUGAAUGA